AUGGCGCCCGCCGGGCGGGGCCUCCGCCGCGCGCGGGGCCGCGCCGGGCGCCAAAAGCGGAAGCGCUGGGGCCCGGUCACCGGGAGAGCCCGGGGACGCAGGAAGGGGCGGCGGGCGGGGAACCUGCCGCCCCGGCUCCCAACACCCGGCCGGUUUUACUGGGACCUCAUCAUGCUGCUCCUGAUGGUGGGGAAUUUGAUCAUCCUGCCUGUGGGCAUCACCUUCUUCAAGGAUGAGAACACCCCUCCCUGGAUCGUUUUCAAUGUGCUUUCGGACACUUUCUUCCUGGCUGACCUAGUGCUGAACUUCCGGACAGGCAUUGUGGUGGAGGACAACACAGAGAUCAUCCUUGACCCUCACACCAUCAAAAUGAAGUACUUGAAGAGCUGGUUCCUGGUUGACUUCAUCUCCUCCAUCCCAGUUGACUACAUCUUCCUCAUCGUCGACCUGGAGACCCAGGUGGAUUCUGAUGUCUACAAGACAGCCCGGGCCUUGCGCAUCGUCCGCUUCACCAAGAUCCUCAGCCUGCUGCGCCUGCUGCGCCUCUCGCGCCUCAUCCGCUACAUCCACCAGUGGGAGGAGAUCUUCCACAUGACGUACGACCUGGCCAGUGCUGUGGUGAGGAUCUUCAACCUCAUCGGCAUGAUGCUGCUGCUGUGUCACUGGGACGGCUGCCUCCAGUUCCUGGUGCCCAUGCUGCAAGACUUCCCUGAGGACUGCUGGGUCUCCAUCAACCACAUGGUGAACGACUCCUGGGGGAAGCAGUACUCGCACGCCCUGUUCAAGGCCAUGAGCCACAUGCUCUGCAUCGGCUACGGCCAGCAGGCGCCCGAGGGCAUGACUGAUGUCUGGCUCACGAUGCUGAGCAUGAUCGUGGGGGCCACCUGCUACGCCAUGUUCAUCGGCCACGCCACCGCCCUCAUCCAGUCGCUGGACUCAUCCCGGCGCCAGUACCAGGAGAAGUACAAGCAAGUGGAGCAGUACAUGUCAUUCCACAAGCUGCCUGGGGACACGCGCCAGCGGAUCCAUGAGUACUAUGAGCACCGCUAUCAGGGCAAGAUGUUUGAUGAGGAGAACAUUCUGGGCGAGCUCAGUGAGCCGCUCAAAGAGGAGAUCAUUAACUUCAACUGCCGCAACCUGGUGGCCAACAUGCCCCUGUUUGCCAACGCGGACCCCAACUUUGUGACAGCCAUGCUGACCAAGCUGCGCUUUGAGGUCUUCCAGCCCGGGGACUUCAUCAUCCGCGAGGGCACCGUGGGCAAAAAGAUGUACUUCAUCCAGCAUGGGGUGGUCAGCAUCCUCACCAAGGGCAACAAGGAGACAAAGCUGUCUGAUGGCUCCUACUUUGGGGAAAUCUGCCUGCUGACGCGGGGCAGGCGGACGGCCAGCGUGCGAGCUGACACCUACUGCCGCCUCUACUCCUUGUCGGUGGAUAAUUUCAAUGAGGUGCUGGAGGAGUACCCCAUGAUGCGCAGGGCCUUUGAGACAGUGGCCAUGGACCGGCUGGACCGCAUAGGGAAGAAGAACUCCAUCCUGCUCCGCAAGCGAGCUGAGCACAGCACGGGGUCAAUGAACAAUGAGAUGAUCCAGCAGAUCGUGAAGCAUGACCAGGACAUGGCCCACAACAUCCAGGACCUGCAGCAGAUGGCGAUGGGCCGGGAGCUGAGCGGCAAGCCGGUGAUCUGGGAACCGCUGGUGCACGCGCCCCUGCAGACAGCCGCCGCCACCACCAACGUGGCCAUUGCCUUGACUCACCAGCACAGCCUGCAGGCCCACAUCUUCCUCCCUCCCUCCUCCAUCUCCAGCCCGCUCUCCCCUGAGGCCACCCUGCUCACGAAGCCAGUGCGCAGGUCCCAGCCUAGCCUGGGGGGCUCCCGACCCUCUUCCGUGAGCUCCCCGUCAGGGACGCAGUCCCACCUCCAGACGCCCGCUGCCGGUUCGCCCUCCUCCCCCAUGGUGCAGUCCCAGGCACCCCUGGAGAGUGGGGGCCAGAGACCAAGCCACGGGGUGCAGCCCCUGCCACGCACGGCACAGAAAGGGGAGAUGCCGGCAGCAGCCAAGCAGCCCCCAGCCGCCCCCCAGCCCCAGCUCUCCAAGUCUCGGGGCACCUCGGUCUCCACCUCACUGCUGCAGCAGGCGGCAGGGGCUCCAUCCCCCAGCUCGGAGCAGGCGCUGCCAGCAGGGAGAACGCUCCACUACAGCCUCUCCCGAGCCACCGGCUCCCACAUCUCUCUUCUGAUGCAGCCCCAGCAGCUGGUGAAGCACAGGAGCAUCCAGGGCCUGCCCGUGGGGCGGCUCACACAGGACGUCCGGCUCCUCUCCGCCUCCCAGCCCUCCCUUCCCAAUAAAGUGGCCCAGCAAGCCGAUGGGGGCUCCUUGCAGCGGGGCAGGAAAUCUGCAGGGAACCUGGCCCGCAGAUCCUCUCCCUCAGUAGCCGGACUCCUCACCAAGCCAUGUCCAGGGAUCCCAGCCCAGCCGGCACACCCGCAGCAGAUGCCUUCAGGAUCGCUGGCUCAACCCAGCCGCUCCGUGGCGGGAGCAUCCACCCCGCAGUCCCCAGUCUCUGCGUCCAGGCAGGCAGCAGGUCCCUCCCGCAAGAGCUCCGUGGCCUUCAGCCCCGAGGUGGAAACAGGGAAGCCCAAACUCCCGUCCAACAUGUGAGUCGCUGUCAGCACUGUGCACAGGCAGGAGGGACCCGGGCGUGCUGGCAGCAGAGGCGGCAGGAGAGGCAGAGCACCUGGCGAGGGGCCCCAGCCCCAGCUGUGUCGGAGAGAGGACGAGGUGAGAGGCAGCUCCCAGGGCCAUAGACUGGCUGCUCCCGGUGUGGGGGUACGGCAGGGACGGGUGUGGGGCAGCCCCAGAGCUGGCUUGGCUGAAUGAGGAGGGGGGUCUGCUGACUGCCCUGAGAGGGGGACCCUGACCGGGCUCUUUCCUCCUUGCUCCAUCACCAUCAGUCCCGAGUCCUGCCCUCCUGGAGGCUACAGGACGGGUCAGAACCCUUGCCCAAACCCCAGCCUCCCUGGGGAGCCUGGCUCCCCACAACUGCUCCUUGGGGGCCAGGCCCCCCCACACUCUGCCCUUGCACCCAUGGCCUCUCUUUGGGCCCAGGCCAGCACUGGCGGCUCCUCCAGUUUGUCCUCAGUCACAGCAGCAGCUGCCAUAUGCCCACCUUGAUGCCCAGAAAGCUCUGCCCAAUGCACUCUCUUUUUGGGAGAGGGGGGGAUGCAGCGCCCUGGGGUGAGGGCAGAGCAAGGGGGCUGGAGCCCAUAGCAGGGUCUGCCCGGACAGGCAGAGCGUGGGUACCCAGGGCCAGUGGGGGCCAGGUCCUCCGUCCCCAAGGCCCUGGCAGGUCCCUUGGGGCACGGUACCAGGACCUGGGGGUCCCAGGCAGGGUCCCCUUGGUGUGACAAAUGCCGUGUGGCAGAGCUGGGGUCUCCCACUGAGCAACCCCCAGGUGCCUCUCCCCAGCUUGAGGACGCAUCUUGCCUCAGUGGUGUGGGGUCCCUGUGGGGUUGGGAUGUGCUGCCAGGCAGGGCUCUGCCCCCACAUCCGGCACUGCCACCCGGACCCUCCUCGUGCUCUGGCGAGGGGGCAGCUGGACGGGGACCCUGCUCCCUGCAGCUCCCAGGAGGGUGCUCAGCCCGGGCUCUGCUCCCCCCUGCCCUGCCCUGCGGUCUCCAGACUGCCUGAGGUGCCGGUCACCACUGCCGCAGCGAGCCCAAGGGUGUUGUGAAGAGAUGCCAAGCGCAGGCAGCGCCUGGGUGAGGUGCCGGGCCGUGGGGCUGCCUCCCCUGGCCCUGCUGGGUCUCCAUGCAGGAGGGCCCCCCCAGAGCCCGUAGUCAGCAAUGUGUGUUCGAGUCAUGGCUCUGCUGAGCAGCUGAGCUCUGCUUAAACUGUGUCGCUUUGGGCCAACCGUGUUGCAGUCCUGGUUAGAGUAGUGUCCCCUCCCGACCCCGCACUGCGCAAGCUGCUUCCCACCUCUGGAGUCAGGAACCACGGCUGGUGGUUGUGCCCUGGGGCUUGGCUGCUGCCAAGCAGGACCUGCCAGACCCCCGCUGCAGUGGGCAAGGGUCUUGUUCCAUGUGGUACUUCUUGAAGUGAGGUCUUCAGUUCUCCCCCGUCGUGUUUUGGGAUGUCGGGACUAGUCCGGCCUGUGGGGCUGCUCGGAGCGCCCAGCCUGCAGGGCACGGCAGCCUGGUGGGAAGCCCGUCGGCCUGGCUGUCGGAGGGGAUGUCCAGCACUGCCUUUUUUUCAUGGACUUAAACUCCCCUUCCCCGCCCACCCCCGCGUCCUGCUCCAUCCCCAUGGUCGGUGUCUCCCCAGCAGCCCCUCGGGAAAGGGUGUGCAGCUGGGCUGCGUAGUCAGACGUUCCCAGGCUGUGUUUACACUGCGUGACGUAGAUGUUUUAGCGGUCAUCCUAGGUGUCCCCCCGCAGAGCCACGCGGGCCAGCCCGGACAGCAAGGAGCACAGCUCCGCUUCCGCCGGCCGCGCCGCUGACGCACCCUCCCCACACCCCAGCCCUGUGCCAGGAGCCAGAGCCACCCUCUGCUCCAGCCACCCUGUGCCACGGCAGACCCCUGCCACCAGCCAUGUCAGCUUGUGGCCCUGGCGCCCUGUCCUGGCAGGGAGGCUGGGGGUGCUGGGGGUGCUGUCAGCACACACGUGUCUCUGCGGCGUGCGUGGGCGCGAGUCUAGUCACCAAAGACCAUGAUCCUUCACUCUUGCACUCACAGCAGUCGAUGUACAGAGCUUGUAGUUUUCAUAUUGCAGAGAAUUUAAAAGCGUUUUUUUAUUUUUGGUCGUUGUACAUAAUGGAUUUAAAUAAUAAAGAGAGAUUCUGAGCUGGU